UUUAUUGGCACUUUUCUUUAUACAGUGGAUGGGAGUCUAUGCUUCUCAAGAGAAUGCCUUUCAAUGUUACGUGUGUAAGACCGGCAAAGGUAUUGAAUGUAACAACGGCACCUGUGUUGAUGAAUGUAACGACGCGAAUGAUAUCGACGACUGUCCCUCUUCAUCGCCAUGGUGUGAAAUCGAGGUCAAGAAUCACGGUGGUGACUUGUACAUGAAAAAACGAUGCACCCAGGAAGAGGCGUGUCUGAACCAGCAGGGCAAGAAUCCCGACGACUGUACGGAUGAUGAUAACCCGGUUGUAGCGAACGGAUGUACGUUCUGCUGUAACGAGACCCUCUGCAACUACAACCUCACAGUGGCUUUACGGGCAGGGGCAAAUUCUGUACAUAUUGCCGGAAGUGUCACGUUCUUUGGAUUCUUGUCCUACAUAAUAUUGCCCAAGUUUUGAAGCAAGCGAGAUCGCGUGUAGUGAAUAUAAUGGGAUAUUCACCGAGGGCGCGUGGACAGUGGAAUUUGUUUUAGUUAAUUAGCUAAGCAAGCAAGUUGUAGCGAUUUUGUUAUUUUUGAUUCUCAUGUUCCAUUGUUAACGAUUGAAUAUUUGUUGAUGAAUACAUUAUAUUAUGUUUUAUCCUAAAAUCAACAAAUUAUUCUUGUAGUGUUCGUUUUAUGGUACAAUAUCAUUCCGCAUUUGGCACGUAGGCUGAUUGAUGUAGGAUGUAUGUUUGGGUAUUUUUGAAUUUGUUUUGAAUAUUCGUUUUUGAUAUUGUAUUUUAAAAAAAACCUAUAUAAUCUGAUUUAUUAUUAUUGAUAACAAGCAUAGUAAUGUUCAUUUCAUGGAAUACUGAUAACGUAUACUGGCUGACUAUGUAUUAACAUUGACGUAGAUUGAUGUAGUGACGUUUUCAUUAUUUUAUUGACGUAAGACUUCCAUGUUUGCUGCUCAAACUGUUUUUUUUUAUUCUGCGAUAAUCAUGUUGAAAUAUAGUAUCAAAGACAAUUAUUUAAGUGUUCUCAAAAUACCAACACCCUGAUUUAGAAAGCCUAUUUUCAAAUAUUACACUGUAUUGAUCAUGAUAGUUGUCGUUCACAGUUGCACGUUCCAAACGUAUAAUGGUGUUAAUCUAUUUUUUUAUUCAGUUUAAAAUGGUAGAUAUAUUUUAAAUAUAA